UCUACGAGACUGUACCUAUAUAUUGAGUUUCAAGUGCGUCAUACUUUACUUUUAUCAUGGCUGCCACUCUGGUAAGUAAAUGCGCGUGUCCGUUAGUUUUGAUAAACAGAUUGCUUUGCGUCCCGCUGUGGAGGGUGCGGAGUGGUUAUCAUGAAAAGGUGGUGGACCAUUACGAGAAUCCAAGAAAUGUAGGAUCUCUGGAUAAAAAUGCCAAGAAUGUUGGCACGGGGUUGGUUGGUGCGCCAGCAUGUGGAGAUGUGAUGAAACUACAGAUUGAGGUGGAUGAAAAUGGGAAGAUUGUGGAUGCCAAGUUCAAAACCUUUGGCUGUGGUUCCGCUAUUGCUUCCAGUUCUUUGGCCACUGAGUGGAUAAAAGGCAAAUCUGUUGAUGAGGCGCAGAAGAUAAAAAACAUUGAGAUUGCGAAGGAGCUUAGGCUUCCACCAGUUAAACUGCAUUGCUCAAUGUUGGCAGAGGAUGCCAUCAAAGCAGCUUUGGCAGACUACCGUCUGAAACAGGAAGGUGAAGAAGGCGAGAAGACUGUCGCAGCCAAUGUCUAGGAGGCGCUGUUGGUUUUCUACAAGUUUAGACCAAAACUCUCCAACCCCUGCACUGUAGCCUGUCUUUUAAACGCACAAUUUAUGUUUCAAAUGGUUUAACUUGCUAGUUAAAUGUGCAGAAACAUACAGUAUGUUGUUCUUAUGAAUGUUGUUUAGGUGAUUACACUGCAAAAGUGUUAUUUAAUGCCCUUAUAUUUUAUAAACGUACAUAUUUAAACAAUAAAGCAUGUGUUUAUCUCA